CUUUCUCUCUUAUUUUUCUUUUACCGAAUACCAUGGAUCAUAUAUACCAGCUUUUAUGUAUACCAAGAGCUCCUUCUCUUUCCAUCAAGGAUUUUAAUAAUGGAAAUUAUAACCAAUUUUUGGAAAAGUCCAUGAAAUCAGCUUCAAGUCUUUCAAAAGAUGCUGAACUUAAGGCUGAUGCAUCGAAUCAACUUGCCAAAUUGUUAUCUGCAAAAUCACAUAGUCCUUCCAACACUCUGCGCACCAUGAAUGAAAUGUUUGCAGAAGCAGCCAAAGCGUGUCAUUUUGAUAGAGAGCGUGCUUUGAUUGAAUGGCUUCAAACCUGUGUGUCUACGGUGGUUGAAUUUGGCUUGGAUCCAGCCUCAGCCGACAACAAAAUUUAUACUGAAAAACCACCCAUCGAACAAAAAAAAAGCAGUGACCGUGGUGUGGCUCAAAGUAAAAAUAAGAAGAAGCCUGUACAGGAACCAGAGGAAUCUGAAUGGGACGACGAUGAAUUUGGUUACGAUCGUAUUGGUCAUUCCGACGAUGACUAUUGUCCUUCUGACGAGGACGAUGCUGUUGUUCCUAAGAAACAACCUGGUCGUAAAUCCUCUCCCGCUAAAAAAGCAAGUUCCAGUAGUGACACCGAAGUCAAGAAGCCUAAGGCUCCCCGCAAAAAGAAAGACGACCAGGUCGUACCUGUUUCUAAAAAGGACGCUACUUUCCCUGUGAUUAAGGAAGGUGCAGGAUCAAAGGCUCUUCAUAAAUAUAUCCAAGAUAUCCCCUGUGCAAACGCACUAUCUUCUGAUGCCUUAUCAAAUGGUUACUUUGCUCGAGCCUUCUUCUUCCCCUCCAAAGAUAGUUUUAAUGCGUUCUUGUCCGUUUUAAACUCAGCUCAAAAGUCAAUUGAUAUUUGUGUGUUUGCAUUUACAGACGAUGAUGUAGCUGAUGCAUUAAUUGCAGCCAAAAAACGUAAUGUGGCUAUUCAAAUUAUUACAGACAACCAACAAGCUGCUGGUAAAGGUGCGGAUGCGAAGAGGUUGCAAGAAUCCUACGGUAUACCCUUUAAAACGGACAAUACUACUGGUUAUAUGCAUAACAAAUUUGCCAUUAUUGAUAACAAGACACUUAUUAACGGAAGUUUCAAUUGGUCCAAGGGAGCACGAUUCAAGAACCGAGAGAAUGUUUUGAUCACUAAUAUCCCUCAAUGUAUCAAAGAAUAUCAAGGUCAAUUUGACUCACUCUGGAAAGAAUUUUAAUAACAUUUAAACAUACAUUGUAUCUAUAAUAAAUAUUUCAUACUUAUCACUAUCGCAAACACCCCUUUGAUACAUCAAAAUUUAGGGGAAAAGAACCGUUUUCACAUUACCACAAUGUAAUACUCUCC